AUGUCGAGAUUUGAAAUUUAUUCACCAGAAGGGUUAAGAUUGGAUGGACGUAGAUGGAAUGAGGUGCGUAGAUUUGAAUGUUCAAUAAACACACAUGCUCAUGCAGCUGAUGGUUCCUCAUACCUGGAACAAGGAAAUAAUAAGAUUAUUACUUUAGUGAAAGGCCCAAAGGAACCUUCCUUACGUUCUCAAGCCAAUUCUUUGAAGGCUACAAUGGAUGUAUCUGUUAAUAUAACCAGAUUUUCUAAAUUUGAAAGAAGUGCAAUUAGUCAUAAAAAUGAAAGACGUGUUUUAGAAAUUCAAACUGCUCUUCUGCGUACUUUUGAAAAAAACAUCAUGUUACAUCUAUACCCAAGAACUCAAAUUAGCAUACAGGUUCAUAUUUUGCAACAAGAUGGCGGUAUGUUCGCAUCUUUAAUCAAUGGGAUAACUUUAGCUCUAAUUGAUGCAGGUAUCGCAAUGUAUGAUUAUGUGAGUGGAAUAUCAAUUGGUCUAUUUGAUACAACCCCUUUAUUAGAUGUAAAUACUUUAGAAGAAAAUGCAAUGAGUACAGUUACAUUGGGUGUUAUUGGUAAAUCUGAAAAACUAUCACUAUUAUCUGUAGAGGAUAAAAUACCACUAGAUCGAUUAGAAAGUGUUUUAGCAAUUGGUAUUGCUGGUGCGCAUAGAUUAAGAGAUCUUAUGGAUGAAGAACUAAGAAAACAUGCACAUAAGAGAGUGAUAAAAGCUUCAACCAAAUAA